AUGACGUCCUUGUGGUGCGCGGCGGGAAGCGCGCCGUCCGCCUCGCGCAGGAUCUCGCGCAAGAUGUUGCCAGCGUCCUUCAUGCCGCGAUCGGUUGGCGUGCGCGCGUUCGCCCCGACGCACUCGCCCUCGCGCGGUCGCGUCGUCCUCGCGCGACGCGCGCUCCAUCCCCACUCCCCACACACCACGGCGGACCCGAUCACCCCGGACGGCCCGCGACCGUUCGUCAAAGUCGCGGAGCUCGCCGAGCUCUCCGCGCACGGCGCGCGAUCGCACGUCCACCUCGGCGGCAGACACGUGUCGCUGAUCAACUGGCGCGGAGACGUCCACGCGCUCGACUCGCUGUGCUACCACGCCGGCGGCCCGCUCGCGGUGGGCGAGAUCGAGGACGUCGACGGCAGAGCGUGCGUCUCGUGCCCGUGGCACUUGUACAAGAUCGAGCUCGAGACCGGGGAGAAGCUCUACGGCGCCACGACGUGGGAUCCGGAGAAGGGCGCACUGGUGCCGGACGGGACCAAAUCCGUGGGCGUCCGCCAGCGCGUGCACGACGUCGAGCGGCGCGACGACGGGUGGUACGUCCGACUGCGUCUGGACGGGAGCGUGGAGAGCGAUAAGUACGCGACGAAGGACGUCCCGGGGAUAUCCGGCGCGAGGAGGGUCCGCGUCCCGAUAGAGGUCGGGUGAGUGAGAGGUUUUUUUUUUUCCUCGGUCUGGUCCGUCGGCGGGCGUCUUCGAGAUAGAUGACGUCGCGCGCGGCGCUCGGCGACGCCGUCGCCGCGGCGCUCAAGACCGCGGCCAAGAUCGCGCGCGGCGGCCCGGUCUCCGGCGCCCCCGCGCGCGUCCUCGCGCGGUUCAGGGAGAUCGAGCGGCAGACGGACGAGGUCGUCGGCGUGUUAUCGCCGGGCCCGGUGGUCGGGUCGGCGGCGCCGGCGACGGCGGAGGAAGCCGCGGCGGCGGCGGCGGCGGUGGCCGACGCCGAGCGCGCGUUCGCCGAGCGCGCGAAGCGACGACGACGCGACAGCGGGCGCGGUGGAUGAUAAAUACUAAUAGCUUAGUUUUCUUACAACGCGCGAUCCAGCGCGGGGUUCGCCCUCGACGCCGAGACGGGCGCGACGCGAGGAAAAACCCUCCUCGGAU